UCGCCUCACCCCCUCACCCCUUCGACAGAGCGAGACUGAGCUCAGCCCCUUCGGCUGGAGGCUCGGGUUUAUCUGGAAUCUAAGUGAAUGCCAUUCAGGAGCCACGCGCUGUAAGGUGAAGGAGCGGUCCGUUGUUUAUACUGGGGGAGCCAUCGAUAAGGAUAGGGAACGGGGUUUAAAUAUUUACGUGUAUAAUCCGAUUUGAGGGGCGAGCGGGAGCUAUGGCUAUGUUCUCAGCUCUUGGUGUGCUUUUGCUAUGCCAGCUUUUGACAUCAUCUUCAGCACAGAGACCUGGCCCACGAGGACCAAAUGGGCUGCCAGGAACCCCAGGACCCCCGGGAAAGGAUGGCACUGAUGGCAAAACUGGCCCUGCUGGACUUCCUGGGAAGACUGGACCUAAAGGGAAAGCAGGUAUACCAGGAGGAUCUGGGAGCCCAGGCCUGCCAGGCCUUCCAGGGGUGGACGGAUUGACUGGUCCUGAUGGCCCAGCUGGGAAGGAUGGUCCUCCAGGGGAGAUGGGGGAUGCUGGACCUUCCGGGCCAGGUGGACCUCCUGGCAGAGGGAGAACAGGAGCUCCAGGGCCUCCAGGAGCCAACGGGCUGCAGGGCGGAGUGGGGCCACAGGGGCCUGUGGGCCCUGAGGGUCCUUCUGGACAGGCUGGCGCUUCCGGCCUUGAUGGACCCCCAGGUCUUCCUGGUGCUCUCCCUGAUGGCAGUGGAGAUCUUUUGUGUCCUGCCAUCUGUCCCCCUGGUCCCUCUGGCCCUCCUGGGAUGCCUGGCUUUAAGGGUCACACAGGACACAAAGGAGACAAGGGAGAACUUGGGAAAGAUGGCGAAAAGGGUGAUUCUGGGCCCCCUGGUCCUCCUGGGACCCCCGGCACUGUGGGGCUGCAGGGUCCACGUGGGCUGAGGGGACUCCAGGGGCCGAUGGGGCCAGUGGGAGACAGGGGUUUACCUGGUUUCCGUGGCAAGCCUGGCAUUACAGGUGUUAUUGGAAAGACAGGUGAUGCUGGAGAGAAUGGACCACAGGGUUUCAAUGGACCAAAGGGAGAUAUUGGCAAAAUUGGUCCAAAAGGAGGUCCUGGUGGAUCAGGACCCAAAGGGGAGCCUGGUAUUCCUGGCAGAGAUGGGAAGGAUGGCACCCAAGGAUUAGAUGGAGAGAAGGGUGAUGCCGGUAGGGGUGGUGUGCCUGGCGAAAAAGGACCCAAUGGGCUUCCUGGUCUGCAAGGAAGGGCUGGUGCUAAAGGAUCUAAAGGAGGAGUUGGAGAUCCAGGAGAAAUGGGAGAAGCAGGACCAUCUGGAGAGCCAGGUAUUCCUGGCGACAUUGGAAUUCCUGGAGAAAGGGGUAUGGCAGGACCCAGAGGAGUGGCUGGUGGCAUUGGACCAGUGGGCAACAUUGGGGGCCAGGGUGUUAAAGGCCACCAGGGUGUGAAGGGGGCACUCGGGGACCCUGGCCUUCCAGGACCAACGGGGAUCCGAGGAGGAUUUGGUGAAAGGGGACCAGUUGGUGCAUCAGGGCCUAAGGGAGACAUGGGCGUGGGAGGAAGUGAUGGUCUCCCAGGAGAGAAUGGAGAACCUGGUCCAUUUGGUCCAGUUGGCCAAAAGGGAGAGGGGGGAAAGACUGGUGAGCUGGGACCCAAGGGUGUGGUGGGGCCUCAAGGAGAACUCGGGGCCAGAGGGGCCCCAGGAAAACCAGGACUUAUGGGCUUCCAGGGUGAACAAGGUCUACCCGGCAUUGCAGGGAAAAAUGGUGUUCCUGGUAAACUUGCAAGUGAACAGCACAUCAGAGAAUUGUGUGGCUCAAUGAUUGAUGAUCAGAUUGCACAGUUGGCUGCCAACUUGAGGAGGCCCCUGUCCCCAGGAGGGGUUGGUCGUCCUGGGCCUGCCGGACGCGCUGGGAAACCAGGUGGUUCAGGGUCUAUUGGACACCCUGGCUCUCGAGGUCCUCCAGGAUACAGAGGGCUGCCUGGAGACCUGGGAGAUCCUGGUCCCAGAGGUGAUGUUGGUGAACAGGGAGACAAGGGACCCAUUGGAAAGGCUGUUGACGGGCCUGUUGGAGACCAAGGACACCAAGGUCUGCCAGGAGUGCAUGGAAUCGUCAAGGAUGGGCGUGAUGGAUCCUCUGGAGAUCCAGGUGAGCCAGGAGAGUCUGGCCGGACAGGUAGGACCGGACACCAGGGGUCUCCUGGAAUCUGUGACACUUCAGCCUGUCAAGGUGCCUCAGUUUCUGGAAAAACCUCCAACCCCAAGAACCAUUAAACAAUACUACCCCUCACCCUGAAACUACCAACCCCAGGGAAGGGGGAAGAGGAGGAUGAGAAGAAGAGGAAAGAAACAUCACAUUUCCACGUUAAUGUGUCAAACGGGACAGGAACUGUAACAACAAUGUGAUUGUAUAUGAAACGAAGAGAACAUCCCAUGAGUGUUAAAGAACAGCAUCAGCAGUUUGGGAAAUCAUAGAUGAAAUGAAAGACUACAAAUCUCAAGUCCAUCAAUAAAUCAAGUGGACAAAGAAUGAUAUAAGAAGAACACCUGUCACUCCAAAUACCAUCAAAAAUGAAUAACGUAAAAAAUGACUGAAAACAACUUUACUAGAAAAGUGCUUGUAGGCCAUACUUUCUGUAAUUCAUUUAUGUAAAAAGCAUGUACAUUUUGAUUCAACAUCCACCAUCUUAGAUAACAUACCUAUAGUAUAUUACUUUCCAAGCCUGACAACAGUGAUUGUCUUUGCAGUGACUGUCCAUGUUUCAAGGUCAUUUCUGCUUAGACUACAGGUGACCCACAAGACAAGCUUACUUAUGUAAAAUAUGAAGAUAUGGGGCCAGAAAGCAAAAGCUGAGCCUAUAUGUAAAGAAGCUGUGUGUACUGUAACAGGCAAUGAAAAAAAGAUCUACGCCCAGAUAUUGUGUAUUUUGAUGCAGUCACAGUAUUUUACAGGUCUUGCAAAUGUUUGUUUUUGUAAAGUUUUGCUCCAUCUAAAUGUACUUUUUAACUUCUUGAUUACAUGUUUGAUGACUAAGAUCUCCCUUUUACACAAGUUUUGAAAUAAAAAACAUGAAAGUGGUGUGGAUGCAUCAGAAAUUAUAAUUGUAGAAUAACUCAAGUAUCAAUUUGUGGGCUUUUAAUUUUUUAUUUUGCAAUGAUCACAUCCACUAUGUACCGGUGCUGUAACUAUUAAAUAUACAUGACUUUAAAUACUA